AUGGUCGCCUCCUUUCUUCGCCGAGUCAUCCCCGCGCGAGUCGCAAACAACGGCUCCCAACAGCGCGACCAUCACGCCAACGAGCGCACAUUUCUGUCAUGGACACGCGCAGGCCUCGGAUUCGCGGCCAUGGCUCUCGCCCUGGACCGUCUCGAAGCAAUUGAUCGAGUUUUGUGUUCAAAAUUCGGAUUAGGGCCCAUUGAUCCCGCCCAUGCGCAGCAAAACCAACCACAAGUCCCUGCGGGAAUCAGUCAGGGUAAUCGUGCUGAUGACUCUAGCGGCAUAGCUGCUCUAAAUCUGGCUCCAGCCCUAGCUCCAUCGACACAGGCGUCAUCUGGCUCUUUGGUGCCUGGAAUCCCUGCUUCAAGACUUUGUCAGAUUCUUGGGGUUUGGUGUUUGGGAUAUGGUUUUUUUCGAUACUGGUCUAUGAGACGAUACCUGCUUGUGGGAAAAUUUGUUCCUGCAUUUUGGGGGCCAGUAUUCAUGACAUGUGGUAGUUUUGGAGCGUUCGUGGCCUUGGGACUGCAAGUUGACCGAAGGGCAUUUUUGGUGAAUAUUUGA